UUGAUCUUUCAUUGUGUAAGUCCUACAGUGCGAGGAAAGAUGGAUACGUGUUGACGUCGCGCAGUUCCGGCGAAUUUUUAGAAGGGAACAGACUAAUAUUUCAUCAAAAUGAACACCAAAGGACCAAUAUUACCUCUUCAACAGAGGUAUUCUAACGGUGUCCCGUUGGGAUAUACCCGCUCAGGACUAAGAGCAUCAGAACGAUACGUAGUUUAUCUACUUUUUCUUGUUUUUAUGAGUGUGUGUUACAGUGCAGUGUUUCUUGUGCCGGAGCUUCGGGGACGUGUCAACUCGUUCGUGGACUCGCCCGAGCAGCUAUUCAAGCCGGGUGGCAAAGAAGACACAUUUCCCGGUCAUCUGCAUUUAGAUGCUGGAAACGAGGAUGUACAUUUAGAACAAGAUAGGAAAAGAAUAGAGCUACAAAUUGCCCAAGAUAGGGCGCUGCAGCAAGCAAGAGGGGCCUUAAAUCAUGAAGGAAAUGAUGGAGGAGCAGACGAAAAUAUGGAUCAACAUCAAAUUGAUAGUAUUAAAAAAGAUAUUAAUGAAGACAAGGUGAAAUUUUUAGAGCAGCAGAAAAAGCAAGUUGAGGAAGAUCUUCAAGCUGCGAGGAAAAGUGGAAAAGAUGCUUUAGCUGCAAAAGGAUAUUUUGAGAGAACAGAUGGUGAUCCAAAUGAUAUGGAUGUUAAAAGCAAACGCGAUCAUAUACGAGAGAUGAUGUUACAUGCCUGGAAUGGCUAUGUAAAGUAUGCAUGGGGUGCCAAUGAACUUAAGCCUAUUGCCAAGACGGGUCAUUCAGCAAGCAUCUUCGGGCGUUCCGCCAUGGGCGCCACCAUCAUUGAUGGUAUCGAUACGCUCUUCAUCAUGGGUUUGAGGGACGAGUACCAGAAAGCAAGGAAUUGGAUUGCCAAUGAAUUCAAAUUUGAUGCAACAAGCGAUGUAUCUGUAUUUGAAACCAAUAUUCGAUUCGUUGGAGGAUUAUUAUCUAUCUACGCUCUCACACACGAUGAGGUAUACAAAGAGAAAGCUAUUCAGAUCGCGGAUAAACUAUUACCUGCCUUUAACACACCAACAGGAAUACCAUUUGGACUUGUCAACCUAAAAACGGGGAGUGCAAGAAAUUGGGGAUGGGCAUCUGGAGGCUCUUCUAUUCUCUCAGAAUUUGGUUCCCUCCACCUGGAAUUUAUUUAUCUUUCUGAGAUCAGUGGAGAUCCCAAAUACAAGCAAAAGGUUGACAGGAUUCGAGAAGUGUUGAAGGAUGUUAAGAGAUCUGAUGGCCUCUAUCCGAAUUUCCUCAACCCAAAGACUGGAAAAUGGGGACAGAUGCACGUUUCUCUGGGUGCCCUGGGUGAUAGCUUCUACGAAUACCUUCUCAAAUCUUACAUUAUGUCGGGAGGGAAAGACGAAGAAGGAAAACAGAUGUACUUCAGUGCGCUUGAGGCAAUGGAGAAUCAUCAAAUGAAGCAAAAAUCUGGAGGUGGUCUUACAUACUUUGGAGACAUCCGUGCCAGCCGAGUCGACAAGAAGAUGGAUCAUCUAUCAUGCUUCUCUGGUGGAAUGUUUGCUCUGGGUAGCAAGUUCAGUGAGAGCAAGAGGGACCACUAUCUGGAGAUGGGAAAAGAGAUUACCAAGACCUGCCACAAAUCAUAUGAUAAUACAGCGACCAAGCUCGGACCGGAAGCCUUUAGAUUUGAAGGGAGGGCGGAGGCGGUUGCCAUGAGACAGAAUGAGAAGUACUACAUUCUUCGUCCAGAAACUAUAGAGUCUUACUUCGUACUCUUCAGACUCACCAAAGAUCCCCUCUAUAGGCAGUGGGGAUGGGAAGCUGCACAGGCCUUAGAAGCACACUGCAGAGUGGGAGACGGGUAUUCAGGCAUCAAGGAUGUCUACGCUACCAACGUGGCCCACGAUGACGUCCAACAGAGCUUCUUCCUGGCAGAGACUCUCAAAUACCUCUACCUUUUAUUCUCAGAUGAUGAGUUUAUGUCAUUAAACGAUUGGGUUUUAAAUACGGAAGCACAUCCUUUACCUGUGGCUAAGUCAUAGUACACACAGGGACAAACACUUCUCACCUCGAGAACAAAUAGAAACUCUAAAACGGGGAUCUGAUGGCAUUGUAGCAGACAUCCAUCAGGAGGGUGUCACAUUGACGUUGGCCGUCCAGCAAGUUGUCAGAUCUAACAACUUCUUCUUGGUUUUAUUUGGCUGAGAAGGACAAUUCUCUGAUUGUUACUAUGGUAACUGUUGGAUAAUGACAAUUUGUCAGUGCUGACAACUUACAAGAGACAGCCCCCAGCAUUAGGACGCACUUCUAGCGUUGGACGACAUCAUCGGAAACAUCAUGAAGUGUGUUCUUGCAUCACAUGGAAGGAGGCGAUCCUUUCAUACACAGUCGAUGUGGAAGACAGAAGACCCAGUUCACAUCCAGAGAUUAAUCUACGACUUUGUCAUCACAGAGAUGGAUGAUUUCUGUGUCUGUGCUGAGUAUAUUGAAGUGACUGCCAUAACAUUGGACCAGGUGAAUCUUCAAUCCCAUUCCCAUUCAAAGAAUACUUGCCGAAUGUGAAUCUUCAUUUAUGUCAAAAGAAUUUAACUUCCUUUUUCCUACUUCGGCUAUCAUUGAAAGAGAGGUUAAGUCUAGUAAAAGAUUCUUGUAUUAGCUAGAAAAUAGCAAAACAGAGACGAAGCCAACGUUCAGGGAAGUUCUUUGCUCAUCUAGAUGAAUGAUAAAAAAAAUUGACUCCAUGUUAAACUCUAUCUUGAUCAUUUAAAUCCUGGUUGUAUACAAGCACAUGUGAAAUCAAUUAGAGUCACUUUUGCCUGCAGAGAUUAUGAGAUGCUCAAAGGUGUCACCCUGAAUGGUUGGUGUCCAACUGCCCUGACAUAGGUGACAUCGACCGUCAGCAAAAUUGACCAUCAUGGUCUAUACAUAGCACACAUAAAAAAUGCACCAAAAUUUGCAGGAAAUCAUAAGUGAAAUGUUACAUGAUGAUCUUCCCUUUCCUUAUAUUAUUUUUUCUAACAUUUGUUGAAAUUCCAAGUCUUGUUUGAUUUCCAUUUUCAGUAGUUAUUUUUAACUCACAUCAUUGAAAUUGUUCUGUAAAUGUUAUGACAACCAUACUGAUAACAUACAAUACACCAUGAAUAAAUUAAAUAGAAAGAGGAGUAUGAUAAACCAUUUAAAUCAUAUAUAACAAUGCAAUGAUACACAGCAGCACUAGGGUAUAUUGAUAGGGAGCAAAACCACUUAGAAGGUGAAGUCAUUUUUAUUCUCGGGAAGAAGAGGGGUAAUAUAGAGUAACACAACUCAAUUUUUAUAUAUUUCUUCCUUCCUCUUUUCUUCCUUUUUUCUAUCUUUUUUUCUCUAUUUUUUUUCUUCUUGAAAAAAAUCAGUUACAACUGUUAUAAUAUCAAUGAAGCAAGCAAUGACUCAAAUUAUUUUCAAAACAAAAGUUCAUGUAGAAAGCAAGUAUAGUCAUUCUAUUUUUGUAUCUUCUAGUAGUCUUGGGAAAUUAUGGGUCAACUAUAAACAAAGUGAAUCCGUUUUAGAUUGUAUGAAACGGGUAAAGAUGGAGGUAUUGAAACAGAAAUAAAAAUUUGAAUUUUUUUUAAUGUAAUGUGGGUUGAGAUGGUAAUAUGAUGGGGUUAUGGAGAUACUGAAAAAAAAUAAUAAAGAGAGAAAUCUGUGAGAAGUGGGUGCAUCUGUGUGAGGAAAAAUAGGAAGGGCAAAUGUGUGUAGUAAUAGAAUGAUAAUGAGCUGUUCAUUAUGCCUGUUCUUGCUUCUUGACAUUGCUGAUUUAUUCAAAUAGGGGGGUGUGUCACAAAGAUUUAUUUAUGAAUUAAGUUCUUAAAUGCUGACGUGUCUUGAUAUGCAAGGCGAGAUCUUAUUGAUGGAUACGCAGUAGUGUGCGUCCUCGUGACAUGAUCUGACCAAUGCGGUCUAGCCUAUCAUACCGUAAGCAACUCAGUAAUGAAGUGCGACUCUCAGUCAUAUUUAAAUCUUUGUGAAACACCCCAGGUCUAUUUUCAUUAUUAGGUAAAUUAGGAAUGUGUUCUUUGGACACUUUUAAUCCUAGGAAGAUGGUUUUCUGAGGCAGUUAGUUCAAGCCAUGGUUAACUUCAAAUGAUUAUCUAAUGGUACUAACAGUAAAUGUUUAUUCGAAACCAGGGAUGCCACUUUUCAGUCUUAAGUCAAUUCAGACAUUUUCGACAUAUUUUCAGCUAUAGAGACAUAUUUUCAGCUAGAGAAAACACCGUUUUCAUGUAGGAAAUGGGUCAUUCUAGAUGAUUUUCACACUUUUUAUUCAAUUCUUAGUAGCUUCCCUUAUCAAUAACUCAACUUUCAGUCUAACUUCCCUUUGUGACAUGGACUGAGCCAUGCUAUUGAUGCCAAUUAGAUCACACAAAAUAAAUUACUUAAUGGAACAUUAAAAUUUUCCACAAACUAUGGUCCAUUAGGAACCAUUUAUGUUUAAAAAAAUAGUUAUAUUUUCUUAUUUCCUUGAAUUUCAUAUUUAACUUAUGCUGUUUAUUUUAUGUUUUUGUACAUGGUAUAGGGCCUAUGCUUUGGUUUAUUUGUAGCUUAUAGAAGGGGGACAUUUUAUUUUUAACUUUGGACAUCAUAUGGGUAUAUAUGUGGUUCAUAUGUAUGGUUGGUUUACAAAAAGAUAUUAAGGGGAUCAAUUUUUUUAUUUCAAGCAAAAAAAUGUGAAUGAAAUUAUCAUGUUCUUAAUCUGAAAAAUGAGACGUAAAGACUAGAUUCAUUUUAUAGAAAUUGUUUUUAUUAGUGAUAGAUAGUUAAUGGCAGCUCUGCUUUU